AUGCCGCGGCUUUCUCGCAAACGAUGCCUGACGUGCUUCUACUGCGGCCGCAAGAACGCGACCGUGUACGAUGGCCAGAUCCGCCGCUUUGAGUGUCCCUUUUGCGAUGCCACCAAUUAUCUCGACCAGAACGGCGACAUCACCGACCCGCCCGUCGCAACCGAAAAAGAAGCCACCCCGCGCCAAUACGCCAUGUCCCGCGCCGUCUCCCCACCUCUAAGCCCCCCAGGCCACAACAACCCUCACAACCUUCACCAAAACCCCAACCAAAAACAAACCACCUUCUGCGCAACAUGCCUCAAAAACCAACACCUCCUCAGCGCCUCCCUAGCGCAAUACCUCCCCGACCCCGACGACCCGGACUACGCCGAGCGCGAGCGCGGCCUCUACCGCUUCCGCCGCCGCCAGGAAAAGCUCUACCCCCAAAUCUGCGCCGACUGCGAGCCCUGGGUGCGCCAGCGCCUGGCCCAGGCCCAGUAUACCGCCAAAGCCGAUGUCCUGCGGCGCAUGCUGGACCGCAGCGCCAUCGCCCGACGCAACGGUGCCACGCGCCGCGGGUGGCUGGAGAGGGUGGAUUCUGUCGGGAAGUGGUUGUGGAUGGCCGGGUUUGUGCUGCAGGUGCUGUGGCAUGUGGCUGUGGUGCAUGAUCGGCUGGCGCGGUAUUUGGCGUGGGCCGGCGUGGAUGAGGGGUUGUUUACGGUGCGGUUGUUGAAGGUGUGUGGGCCGGUGGUGAGGAGGUUGCCGGCGGAGGAGGAGAGGUUGUUGAAGUGGAGUCUGUGGGCGAGUGGAUUUGGGUGUUGGUGGAAUCCGCGGUUUGCGCAGAUUGUCAGGGGGUUUACCAGACAUAUCAGCGGGGUGUCGAAAUGGUACUUUUUCCAAGCCUUGGCUGUGUUGUUGAGGUUUUGUCUGCAGAGCAUGGACUGGGACACGCUGGAUCCGCUGGGGCUGAAUCGGCUGCUGGCUGUUCAUGGCGUUACUUUUGUGUUUGCUUUGCUUAUCUUCACGUCUGCCCCCCGCGCCAUCAAAAUCAACAUGGCCCCCCUGUUCAGCGCAACCGAGAAACCACCAUCGCUCCACGCCAACGAAAACGCCGACGACUCCGACACCGCCGACCCAGCCCCCGGCUCUGCGACUCGGGCCCUCGACGAAACCAGAGCGAUAGCCGCGCUCCUGGACGAAAUCUCCCGGUCCCCCACCAACACAACCCCCCCUUCUCCCGUCCUCGACGCUUCCCCGUCUAUCCCGAGGCGCAUCAGCAACUUCCUCCCCAUGGGCCACACCCACACCCAGGCCGCCCAAGCCCUCACCGCUAACCUCCAACAAAUCGACCACCUCCACCUGCGCGGCCCGGCGGACAGCGACAGCAACUACACCCCACCACGAUACGCCCGUAACCACCCCCCUAGCUCUCCGCCACCAUAUACCGCCGCCGCCGAGGAAAUGGACUGGUCCCCAACCCCAACCACCUCCUUCGUCGCCUCCUCUCCCAUCCGUCCCCCACGCACUAUCACCAACUGGGGAAACACCCGGCCGUCCGCCCACCAACAACCCGACCACCCCCAACAAAACCAAGACAUGAGUAUGACCUCAACCCACCGCGCCUUCGCCACCCGCGGCCAACGCACCACCCAACCCUUCGGUUCCGCCCCCAUCGAAGAACGGCCCGGGCCCUUCUGGUACCGCGUCCCGCCUGCGCCUACGACCCCGGCGCAGCGUGUGUUUAAUCCGCCCAAUCAGCCGCGUUUGAGGGCAAGGGGGUCGGGGGUGAGUCCCCCUGGUGCUGAUACCGAGGCGGCUACGCGGCGGAACUUCUUUGGGGGUGGGAAUGGCAAUGGGAGGACGAAUGGACGUAUUCGGGGGGGGGAAUUGGUUCCUGUUUCCAGUAACGAUGAUCAUGAUGGCCAUGGGGAGGACUAUGACACACCCAUGACGACGCACUUCACCAACUCCCAAACCCAAACCCAAUACCAACAUCCCCAACAACAACAAAACAACUACCAAGAAGUCGCCUUCCCCGAACCCCGGCUCUUCGCUGCUAACUUACUCAACCAUAACACCCAUAAUACCCAGCACAGCCCUGGGAACGGUACCAGGAACGGUACCGGGAACGGCCAUGGCCAAAGUCCAAGAAGAGACCAACAACAGCGAUGGAACGACCCGCGGAAUGAGUUGUCCGGGUUGUUUGGGUCUGCUUUUCAACUGGGGGAUCGGGAGGCUGCUGAGAGGCCGACGACCAGUAAUAGCAAGGCAGGGGGGAGUUGGUGGGGGAGGAUUGUUGGUGGUGGUGCUGGUGGUAGCAGUAACGGUGAUGGAGGGGAUGAAGCAGAUGGAAGGCGUGCCGAUGGGUUUGAUGCUGGGGAUGAUGGCGUUGACUCUGGAGCUGUGGUGAGGGUUGGGGGUUCGUUUGGUGCUGGUACUAGUGUUGGUGCUGGUGCUACCGCGGGAGAGAAGCGGAGGGUGAUGACGAGGAGGAGGAGGGUGUAA